AUGAGCUUCCUCAACUCAUAUGAGAAGACCUCAGGAAAGACUGGAGGAAGAAAUGAAGAAAAGAUAGAGGUUUUUGCUGAAGGUGGACUCUAUCCCUUCAUCCAGAUUACUGAUAAAGAUGUUGAACAUUACCUGGUGGUUAUCCCUGCAGAUCUCCGCUACCCAUCCAUUCAAGUUGCCUGCCUCCAUAUCACCUGUUAUGAAGCAAAGAUUCAAGUAAAGCUGGUCCUGGAGCGCUUUGCAGGACAUGAUCUUUUAGUGCAAAAAAACAUCCAAAUGGAGAAAACUUUCAUGUGCACUAAGUUCUGGGUUGCACCUCCAGCUGAUGGCACAGAGGAGAUUGCCACUGUCAGACUGAUUAUUACAGGUCAAGGGGUCAAUAUUGAGGAGAAGAAGAAGGUCCUGAUCCGCAAGGCAAGCAGUGGCACCUUCAUUCAAAUGGACAAGCCCGUCUAUAAGCCAGGGCAAACAGUGAAAUUUCGUAUUGUGACUCUGGAUGAGGACUUCAUUGUAUUUAAUGAUUCGAUUUCCCUGUUUCUCCAGGACCCCAAGAACAACCGGAUAGAGCAGUGGCUGAAUGUGGUGCCCCAGGAAGGCAUUGCAGAUCUGUCUUUCCAACUAAGUGAUGAACCUCUUCUGGGGACAUAUGUCAUCAAUGUAACCAACAGGAAAACAUAUGGCAGCUUCACCGUUGAGGAGUAUGGUAUGAGUGCAUUGCUGCCAAAAUUUGAAGUGAUCUUUGAGACACCAGUGGUGAUUUAUGUACUAGAUAAAACUUUUCCACUUCGGGUAUGUGGCAGAUACAGCUAUGGGAAAGCUGUCCAGGGGAUGGUUUAUGUGAGCCUUUGUCAGAAGACAUCCCAGUUCUUGCCCAGUGCUUCUAAACCUGAUCUCUGUCAGGAAUUCAACAACCAGACAGACAAGAUGGGUUGCUUCUUCACAAAUGUGACCCUAUCCUUCAGCCGAGACUUGAGGUACUAUCGGGACAGCAUAGUUGCAGAGGCCUCACUGUUGGAGGAUGGCACAGAGAUUCAGGUCAAUGCUUCCCACAAAUUACUCAUCUCCAAGAUUGGCGGGAUGGCCUUGUUUGAUGAUGUGAAUUCUUACUAUCACACUGGAGAGAUGUACAGAGGGAAGAUCAAAGUCAUUGACUACAAAGGCGAGACGCUGAAGUACAAAAAAGUCCUCCUUGUAGUGAGUUUUGGUGAGCAGCAGUUUCAGCAAAAGUACAUCACUGGAGACACUGGAACAGCUUCAUUUAGCCUAAACACAACUACUUGGAACAGCACCUCAGCCUCCCUGGAGGCAAGUGUCCUGCAUCAAGAUUUGGAUGGAGAGCCUGAGACAGUUGAUUUGAAUUACCAGAGAGCCUUUCAUUUCAUACGUCCAUUCUACAGCACCAGCAGGAGUUUUCUCAGUAUUGUCCGUGUGCCAGAUAUGAUGCCCUGUGGUAAAAAGCAGACUAUCCAGGUGGACUUCAGAAUUUACCAGGAAGACCUGGAACAUGGACCCAAGCGUGUAAUUUUCUCCUACCUUGUCACGGGGAAAAGUGGAAUAGUUCAGGCAGGUCAGAAGACUGUUUGGGUUGGGCUGCCAAGAAUGCUGAAAGGCUUCUUCUCCAUCCCUGUUACCUUCAGCUCAGUCUAUGCUCCAGCUCCAGCACUUAUUGUUUAUGUUAUCUUCCCUAAUGGAAAAAUCAUCGCUGAUUCUGCCGUCUUCAGUGUCUCCACGUGUUUCAGAAAUAAGGUAGGAUUCUUGUCGGAGGCUAUGACUAAAUAUGAGAGAGCAGAGCUGAGCUUCUCAGUGCCCAAGACUCUUCCUGGUUCAGAAGUUAAUCUCCGCCUGCAGGCACAACCUGGGUCUACAUGUGCUGUCUGGGCUGUGGAUCAGACUGUCUUUUUGCUGAAGCCAGAAAAAGAACUCAGCCACUCUAUGAUCCAUGGGCUCUUUCCAUCUAUUUAUAACUCUGGGUAUCCUCAUCAAGUGUCUGAAGAUGACAAUUCAUGCAGAUUCCAAAAUUCUGAUCAGCCUGAUGUGUUUACAGCAUUCAGGGAAAUGGGAUUGAAAAUUAUGUCCAACAUCAAUAUCAGGAAACCAAGACUAUGUUUAACUAAUCAGUCAACAGCUAUGAUGAAGGAAAGAGGGAUGUUCACUUCCAGUCCCAUGUUGAUGUUUGCUCGGCCCCAUAAGGAAUCUAACACAGGACGUCUGAUGACAUCUACCUAUCAGCCCGCUAUGUUUUCACCUGUUUCUUCAGCUGAAGAGAAAGUGCACAAGUAUUUCACAAAAACCUGGCUAUGGGAUUUGUAUUCUGUUGGUCCUAGUGGAAACCAGACUGUCACUGUCACUGUGCCUAACACCAUCACAAGAUGGAAAGCUGGGAUGUUCUGCACAGGACGUAAUGGCUUCGGACUAGCUUCAGCCUCUAGUCUGCUUGUUUUCAAGCCCUUUUCUGUGGAGCUCACACUUCCAUCUUCUGUGAUCCAGGGUGAGACCUUCAUCUUGAAGGCCACAGUAUUCAACUACCUACAGCAAUGUAUGAAGAUCCAAAUGACUAUGGAGGAGUUCCCACAUUUCCAACUGAAGUCAUGUGAGGGUUGUGUCUACAGCAGCUGCUUAUGUGCUGGAGAACUAAAGACUUUUCUUUGGAAUGUCACAGCUGAGCGACUGGGGCUCAUGAACAUCACUCUCAGCACAGAGGCCAUUGCCACCAAAGAGCUCUGUGGCAAAGAGAUACCGUUUGUCCCAAACCAAGGACAGAAAGAUACAAUCACCAAACUCCUUUUAGUCCGGCCAGAGGGAGUGCUAGUAGAAAAGGCUCACAGCUCCAUCCUGUGUCCCAAAAAAGGGAGUCCGGCAGAGGAGUCUGUGUCCUUAAUGUUACCUCUAAAUGUGGUUGAAGGUUCAGUGAGAGCUACUGUCUCGGUCACUGGUGACCUCAUGGGGACAGCACUGCAAAACUUGGACCACCUGGUUCAGAUGCCCCAUGGCUGUGGGGAGCAGAACAUGAUACUGUUUGCCCCCAUUGUCUAUGUGCUGCAGUACCUGGAGAAGACAAGGCAGCUGACUCCUGAGAUUAAGGAGAGGGCAACCGGAUUCUUGCGCAAUGGGUAUCAGAUACAGCUGCAGUAUCAACAUCCUGAUGGUUCUUUCAGUGAAUUUGGUACCAGGGAUGAGUACGGUAAUACUUGGCUGACUGCAUUUGUGGUCAAAUGCUUUGCCCAAGCCAAGCCAUACAUUUUCCUGGACAACAGGAGCAUCCAAGCUGCUUUCAAUUGGCUGGAGUUCCACCAGCUUCCAAAUGGCUGUUUCAGAGAUGUGGGCCAACUUUUCCACACAGCCAUGAAGGGAGGUAUGGAUGGGGAAGUUCUCUUGGCUGCCUACAUCUCUGCUGCAUACAUGGAGAGAGGAGAUACACCAGAGAGUACAGUGGUGCGCAAGGCUCUGGGGUGUAUUAUUCCUUCCCUUCCCAAAGCUGCCAGCACUUACACACAGGCCCUGCUGGCCUACACCUUCGCCCUGGCUAAGGACCCUCAACGCACACAAGAGCUUCUUGACAUACUUGAUCAAAAGGCAAUCAGAGCAGGUGGGCAGAUCCAUUGGAGUCAGACCCCAUCCAAGACGCACAGCACUAGCCUUUGGUCACAACCACUAUCUGUGGAUGUGGAGUUAACAGCUUAUGUCCUUCUGGCCCUGCUCUCCAAGCCAAAUGUCACAGAGGCUGACCUCACCACAGCCUCUGGCAUUGUGGUCUGGCUCACCAGACAGCAAAAUGCCUAUGGAGGAUUUGCCUCAACACAGGAUACAGUAGUUGCCCUGCAGGCCUUGGCUAAGUAUGCAGCACUGACACACAAUACAAAAGGGGUUGCAGAAGUGAGGGUGAGGUCCCAGAGAGGCUCUGUGAGGAAGUUCCAAGUUUCCUACCAGAAUCGGCUUUUGGUGCAAGAGAUGGCACUGACAGAAAUCCCAGGAAAGUUCUCAGUGCAAGCCCAUGGCAGCUGUUGUGUCUUUACCCGGACGGUGCUGAGAUACAACAUUCCCUCCCCACAGGUUUCCAAAUCCUUUGCCUUACAAGUGAAAACCAAGCCAGACAGUUGCACCGAGAAUGAUGCAUACUCUGUUACUCUCUAUGUCAAUGUCAGGUACACUGGGAAGAGAGCCAUUUCCAACAUGGUGAUUGUGGAAGUGUCCCUACUGUCUGGAUUUGUCCUGGCUGCAAGAUCUGGGAUGUCUCCACAUCAUUGGUAUCCUGUGAGAAGAACAGAGAAAACCCAAGCAGGUGUUGCCAUCUACUUGGACAAGCUGAGCCACAUGUCUGAGACAUAUGUCCUGCAUCUGGAAAGGGAAAUUCGAGUGACCAACCUGAAGCCAGGAUAUGUCAGGGUCUAUGACUACUACCAUCCAGGGACAUGGCCUGCUCUCUUACUGUCCACUGUUUCAGCCCACAGGAGUUCUACUAGUGGGACAUGCCCUAGGAUGGAAAUCACAGUUACUGGUAUGCUGGGGCAUGCGUCACCUGGAAAGUCACAUCUCAGUGGACUUUGAUAUUGCUGCUGAAGAAGAUCUCAAAUUGGAUUUCGGGAUGAAACCCAGCCCAUGCCAUGCUGCUCAUCUUGACAGCCAUUUUUGGGUGUAUUCUUUUGGAUGUCUGAUUAAUUCUGAUUGCUUUAAUCCAGGGAUUUUCUUGCUUGUAAA